AGGAUUGGUUCUAGGGGCGGCUAGACAUACUAGCACACAACAACAAACAGCCGCCCCGGGGACCGGGUCUGUUGUUCCAACACGAAAAAGGAAGGCGUCCCGGCUGCCAACACCCCCGACCUCUGGGGCUGACCAGCAAGCACCAGCGGACCUUGGAACUACGAAAACAUCAGCAAGGAUCCGACCCCGAAUAGGUAAUUUUUCUUAAAACCGUGAACCAAUUCACUAUAUCUUAACUUUGAUUUCACAUAUUAUUCACCAGAACCGACCUUGGCAGCACCGACCACACAACCGACGCCAACUCCAGCCGACCAACCUUUGGUCCCGACUGAGGCAGUUCCUCUCCAAACCCCUACUCCACUUCUCACUUUGCCAAUGAGCAGUCGGACGGAGGACCCGACGAGGAGGCAAACUCUUCCUCUUGUACCGAGGAGUGGUCGGGCCAGGCACCCGACCAGGAGGCAAUCUUUACCAGUAGUGCCUAGAGAAUCAACACCUUCACCCAUCGCAUCAGCAGCCGGGGUCUCUUCUGACAGCGAGGGAACUACUUCCCAGAUGGGUCGACCGCCAUACAUAGCAUCAGACUCAUCCAUGUCAAAGGAAGAACCAGCCGCCCUCGCCGAAGCUGACCCUCAAAACGACAUCCUUGAUGCUGCUAAUCCCGAAAUCGAAGAUGUCCCUGCUGCGGCUAUCUCAGGUGCUCCAGAGAUCCCGGCUGCAAUGGCUCUAGAUGCAGCCGCCCAACCUGCAGCCGCCCAGCCAGCAGCAGCGUUACCUCCAGCAAUUGAGUGGCAGAUUCUUCUGGAUACUGCCUCAAUUCCAUUAAAUCUGUUAAAGAAACAGUUGGUAAAGGAUUGA